AUGAAAGAAUACCUCGAUUUAGAUCACAUGGAAGUAGUCGAUGAAAAGGACGAACAUUACAUCCCACACUCCUGUGUGGUAAAGCCAGAGUCAACCACCACUAAAUUAAGAGUGGUCUUCGACGCGAGUGCCAAGACCACUUCUGGAAAAUCUCUGAACGAUGUGCAGGCAGUUGGUCCAGUCAUACAGCGGGAUCAAUUUGACCUCUCGCUUGAAUUCAGAGGUGAAGACCACGUGCUCAGUGCGGACAUCGCCAAAAUGUAUCGGCAAAUACUAGUGCAUGACGACGACACAUGGAUGCAAUGCAUUCGGUAUCGAUUUAACAAAGGUGAAAAGAUAAAAACAUAUCGACUGAAGACUGUUACAUAUGGUGAAGGUGCCUCUUCUUUCCUAGCAUGCCGAGCACUGUUCCAAGUAGGAGAAGAGCAAAAGGAAACAAACGCAGAAAUAUGCAACAUCAUUCAAAAAUCAUUCUAUGUGGAUAAUCUGCUGAUGGGAGCAGAAACCAUAGAAAAACUCGUGGAUAUCAGAAGGAAGACUGAAGCCGCCUUAAAGCAGAGAGGAUUCCCUCUGAGAAAAUGGGCGUCCAACAACAAAGACGUACUAUCCGGAAUUCCGAAGGAAGACUUGGAAUCCACAGUGCGAAUAGGCGAACGAGAAACGGUGAAAACUUUGGGAUUGAAUUGGGCACCAGAGAAUGACACCUUCAUAUUCAAAGUGGAAGAGACACAUGACGCGAGAGCCGUCUCAAUGACUAAGAGCCGUUUGGCAUCAGAAGUCCUACGCCUUUACGAUCCUCUAGGAUUAAUGCAGCCUGUAAUUGUGGCAGCAAAAAUACUACUUCAACAAUUAUGGAAGCUGCCGGUACACUGGGAUGACGAAAUUCCGACUGCUGUGACAAUGCAGUGUAACGCCAUAAAAAAGGAAUUACCUCGACUUCAGGAAAUUGAAUUUCCCAGGCAAGCAAUUCCAAGUAAACCACAUCUUUUGGCAUUGCAUGUAUUUUCGGACGCCUCCACCAAGGCUUAA